AUGGCUCCGCGCCAAUCCCGAAGGCUUUCUACCCGUCAGUCGAUCAGUAAAGCGGAGCCAGAGGAGUACACUUGGGAACUUCCAUCGCCACCUUCCUACGACUCCGAUCUCGACGUUGGACCUUCGCCGUCUGCCCGUAAACCAAACCACUCCUCGACCCACAUUCCUCGCCCCCCCAACCAAUUCAUCUGUUUUCGUUCCGACUGGUGGGCGAAAAACAAACAUCGUCCAGACAUUACUCGCGACCACAGGCAGAUCAGUAGGCUAGCUGGAAUAGAGUGGAGGGCUUUACCAGAUGCUGAGCGGGCAAAAUACGCAGUCAAGGCGGAGAUCGCGAAACAACGACAUGCAAAAAUGUUUCCUCAGUACCAUUACAAGCCAGGUGGGCGCUCCUCGACUUCGAGCAAGGGCAAGAAACGGAAAGUGGAGAGUGACGACGAUGCUGAUGAGUGGGUUCCCUCUUCGGUCAAACGUCGCAAAUUUCAACAAGCUACCUCUCCGCCAUUCGAAGCCUCUGCGGUUUUCGCCUCGCCUUUACCUUCAACGGUCGAAGAGCCAUCGACCCCCGAGCUGGCCGCCGAUACUUCGUCUGAGUCAUCCGAACCCCAAUCCGUCAUCUCCGCACACGACACCGAAUCAGUCCAUGAAGAUGCCAGCGACGACUUUGUCCUCACCGCGGAUAUUCCCCCCCUCGAUCUUUACGCGACAACUUCUGUAAACAAAAAUUCGACCAUUUUUGCCUGCGACGCGUCUCACGUGCCUCCGGCGCUCCAGCACAACGUCGAUUCGCAGUUUUUCAAGCCGGAAGUCUCCACCGAGGCCCGGGACAUGUUCUUGUGGUGCAACCAAGUCCAAUUCGUCGACGAACCGGAUUUCGUGGAUGACCCAUACUUUGUGCCAGACGUCAACUCGGAGAUACUGUUUACGAACCCAUUCGCAAUGUCGUUCACUUCAGAGUUUGACCAGCUGGAUGCACCCAUGAUUGGACUAUGA